AUUGACUUAUUUUGCUAUUCAGCUUAAAGUCGACCGAGGUAGCAAACUGUGCAAUGUUGCUCGUGCAUGUUAGAUAUAUUUUUAAGAAUUUCAUUCAAGAAGAUCUGUUAUUUGCAAAACCACUGGAAACUUAUACGGCUGGUGCAGUAAUUUUUAAUCUGAUCAAUGACUAUUUUGAAAAACAUGAAAUCAACUGAUGGUGCAAAAUCAAUGACUGCAUUAUGUUCUGGUCUUGUGUCACAAAUAAAACAGAUCAACGAGAAUAUAGAAUGGACUCAC